AUGGAAUUGUCAGCUAUAUCCUCUGUUCUCGAAACAAUUGGCAUGCUAACUCAACAAGUAACAUCUUUGUUGGGUGUCGAUGACCAAGCUGAUAGUUUAGAAAGAGAGCUGAGAUGGAUGCAAAGCUUCUUGAAAGUGGCUGAUUCAAGAAAAGCUGAUAAUGAGGUGGUGCGUGACAGAGUUGCUGAUAUCAGAGACUUGGCCUACGAUGCUGAAGAUGUGAUCGAGACUUUUGCCCUUGGAGUUGCAUCCAAAAGGAAAGCCGGUUUUUCGAAUUGCAUCAAAAGAUCAGUUUGUUGCCUUAAAGAGGGAUGCUUGCUCUGCCAUGCCAAGUCUGAGAUAGAGAAAAUCACAGUCAGAAUCAGUGAAUUGACUCGACAACUGAAGACAUAUGAUGUAACAAAGUUGGGGGUUGAUGGAGAAGGACCAAGUUCUUCAGCUCUAAGGCGAGAGUCAAGGCGGACUUAUCCACAUAUUGUCGAUGAUAAUAUUAUUGGAUUGGAUGGUGAUAUCAAGACAUUGCUGCCACUUUUUGUCGAUGAAGAAAGUGAAUGCAGGGUUGUUGCUAUUUGUGGAAUGGGUGGUCUUGGUAAGACCACUCUUGCUAAGAAAAUAUAUCAACAUGACCAGGUUGUCAGUCGUUUUAAGUACUUAUCUUGGGUAGAUGUUUCUCGACAAUUCCAAAAAAGAAAAAUUUGGGAAGACAUCUUAUCCAAGCUUUCCUCCACCAACGUAAGAGGUAGUAAUCAAAGUGAAGAAGAAAUAGCACAGAAGUUGUUUAAGUUUUUAGAGGAUAAAAAAUGUCUGGUGAUACUUUAUGAUAUUUGGAGUAUUGAAGCUUGGAAUAGCCUAAAACCUCCUUUUCCAAUUGAAAGGAAUAGCAAUAGCAAGAUAUUGCUCACGUCUCGAAGGAAAGAAAUAGUUUCCCAUGCUGACCCAAGAUGUUACCAGUGUGCGCUGCGGUGUCUAAACAAUGAACAAAGUUGGGAAUUGCUUCAAAAGAUUGCUUUUCGUAUAUCAGAUUUUGCCGUUGAUGCGAAAUUAAGAGAGUUAGGGAUAGAUAUGGUUAAACAUUGUGCAGGUCUUCCAUUAGCCAUCAGGGUAUUGGGAGGAAUUUUAGCUACAAAGAAUAAUUCAGUAAAUGAAUGGAAAAAGGUAUCCACAAAUGUGAAAGCAUGCUUUCGGAGGGACACAAGUGAUGUAAAGGAUGUGUUAGCAUUAAGUUAUGAUGAUUUGCCUCCCUAUCUAAGGCCUUGUUUCCUUUAUUUAAGCCAUUUUCCUGAAGACUAUGAGAUACAUAAGGGUAGAUUGAUUCAAUUAUUAAUUGCCGAAGGUAUUGUUUCACCAAAUCAAGAAGAAGAUUGUGGGGAAAUAGCGGAAGAUGUGGCAGAUGGUUAUUUGAUGGAACUGGUGGAAAGGUGCAUGAUUCAAGAAUGUGAAAGAGACAUCGCAACCUUAGAGGUCAAAACAUUUCAAAUGCAUGAUCUGAUGAGAGAUUUCUGCAUGUCAAAAGCAAAAGAAGAAAAUUUCUUUUACAUUGUUGAUCAGUCAAAUGCAUGUUCGUCAUCCACAGAUCAAGGGUUUCGUAGAAUUUCUAUCCAUGAAUACUGUCGGAUACAGUGCAUUAAAAGUACAAAACUUCGAUCACUUCUUUUCUUCAAAGAAAUUCCAAUAGAAGCGCUUCGGCCCCGAUCAUUGGUAAGUUACGAAGAAGGAGAAAGUCGUCUUUGCAAUCCUCUAGCUUCGAUUCUGUUUAUUUCAAUAAUUGGUAUAUCGCUUCUAAAACUUCAAGGAAUUUGGACAUACAUGCUCAACAAUUUCAAAUUGCUAAGAGUUUUAGACUUGGAACCAAUCAAUGAUUUUUUUGGAUGCAAGUUACCGAGUGGCAUAGGUAAUCUCAUCCAUUUAAGAUUCUUGAGUCUAAGGGAUCUUAGCUUCGUAAGAUCAAAUUUGCCAUCGUCUUUGGGUAACUUGAGAUGCUUGCAAACCUUGGAUUUAAGACUUGACCGUGGAUCAUGUUCACAUUCUAAUUCUAUUUAUGUACCUAAUGUGAUAUGGAGUAUGCUGCAACUAAGACAUCUAUAUCUCCCUUCCAAAUGUAAAAGCAGAACUAAGUUGAAGUUGGGUACUUUGAGAAAACUCUUAACACUUGUGAACUUCAACACCAAGAAUUGUUAUCUGAAGGAUCUUAUCAACAUGACAAAUCUUAGAGAGUUGGAGAUUAAUGGGCCCUUCAAGAUUGAAGAUUUUAAUGAGGAGUUGGACAAGAAUCCACCCAUCAUCCAAGCUAACUAUCUUCAUUCCUUGUCUAUUAUCAGCAAUGAAAAAGAUACAAGGCAUUUGACCCACCUUCUUUCGUGCUGUGGUAACCUACGUAAAUUGAGUUUAGCUGUGGAGAUCAGUAAGUUACCAGAGUACCACUACUUGUCUUCAAAUCUCGUCUACAUAAAGUUGAUAAGGUGCAAGCUUGAGGAAGAUCCAAUGCCAACACUAGAGAAGCUGCCUGACUUAAGGAUUCUUGAAUUCCAUGACAAAGCUUUCAAAGGAAAAGAAAUGUUUUGCUCUGCACACGGUUUUCCCAAACUCGAGUCUCUAAGCCUUAUGUAUCUUGAAAACUUGGAGGAGUUGAAGGUGGAUGAAAAAGCCAUGCCUUCUCUUCGGGGAUUGGAGAUUGGUAACUGCCACAAUUUGAACAUACUUCCAAAUGGACUGAGGUUCAUUACAACCCUCGAAAAGUUGAAGAUUGAAUCAAUGCCAAAGACAUUCAUAGCUAAAGUGUUGCAAGGACGAGAGCAAUUUUAUAAAUUACUCAAAAUCCCUAAUAUAAUCUGGCAAUCAGUACUAACAACAUUCAUCUCAUCAAUAAUAUUCUUCGGCACAGCCACUGUUGGGCUCCUCUUGAAAAGGUCCGAGCAAUAUGUAAUCAUCGGCAUAGCAUCCCGACUAAUAGCUAGCUUCGCCGCAUCCGACCCUUUAUCACUAAGCAUCCGUCCCGCGCUGUCAAUAUUAUCCCGUGCCCCCAGAAAUCUCCACCAGCAGUUAUCGAGAAGGUUAUGAAGUGCUGGAUCCUUCGUGUUCAGGUACAAAUUAUCCGUAUCGGUGUAUAGUUUGUCGGCGUCACGUGUACCGCAUGUAAUCGAUAUCGUUGCCAAGCCCUUAACGUCGGCUGUUGCACUUUUCGGAUCACUGUGAAGACAUGUUUCGCAAAGACUAGGAUUAGGUGUUUUGCUGCAGACAUUGAUUAUCAUUGCUUCAUCAGACAUUACAUGAAAUGGCUGUAAUAUGAAAGUUAAGGUGAUGAGGGGAAGAGUGAAAAGACAAAGCCUGAAAUUCGCCAUUGUUGAAGUUUCUCAAGCUACAACU